GCCAAACGUAGACAUAGCAUUACCGUACCGGUCUUGUAUGCUGACGUGUGUGUGAAAUAAAAAAUAAAGGAAACAAAAGGGACAGGCUGAUCCAACUUUUGCAUUAAUUUGUCGUCGAAUUAUCAGAACAAGAUGGCAACCUGUAAUUGCAUACUUUUCAUUGCUAUUGUGGCUAUGUGUAUGUCAACAAUCAAAGCAUAUUUCAUCGCCAUUGAUGCCCACGCCGAAGAAUGUUUCCACGACAGAGUGUCAUCGGGAACGAGAAUGGCUCUCACAUUUGAAGUGGCUGAGGGAGGAUUUCUCGACAUUGAUGUCAAGAUUUCUGGACCAGAUGGCAAAGCUAUUCACACAGGGGAGAGGGAAUCUAAUGGUAAAUACACUUUUGCAGCACACAUGGACGGAGUGUACAGAUACUGCUUCAGCAAUAAGAUGUCCACGAUGACCCCUAAGAUUGUUAUGUUCUCUAUGGACGUAGGGGACCAGCCAAAAGAUCAGGGAAUUGAGACAGAAGAACAUCAAAGCAAGCUGGAAGAGAUGGUGAAUGAACUGGCAACAGGUCUAACUGGAGUCAAGCAUGAACUAGAAUAUAUGGAAGUCAGAGAAAGGGUCCAUAGAUCAAUUAACGACAACACAAAUUCCAGAGUAGUAUUAUGGGCUUUCUUUGAGAGCUUGGUGUUGGUUGCCAUGACGCUGGGACAGGUGUAUUACCUCAAACGAUUCUUCGAAGUCAGAAGAGUGGUGUAAACAGUAAUUAUGGUGUAGUAUAUAGGCUUCAAUAUCAAGGGAAAGUUUCACAAAGCAUCUUAUCUGUGAUUUUCGAUGACAUUUGUGCUCUUAGCCUAUCAGUUGGGAGGUUUUCAUAAGCUAAUAGUGGUCAGUGAGAAUCGGGGAUAAGAGGUUUGAUGAGAUUCUUGUCAUGCGAGAUUCUCCCUCAAAGACCAAGAUUUACUGAGAUUGCGCUUAUUUGUAUGGCAGGCCAUCCAUCCAUAACAUUGUUUGAUUUUUCAGUCAGGCUUUGUGGUGCCUGUAGCUCCACUACAGAUAGAAGUUAUCAAGUGAUUCAGAGUCUUGGCCUUAAAUCCAGUAUUUGACAUUACAGGUCAGUUUUCUGAUAUAAAAUAAUCAGAUUCAUACAUGUCUGUAAAAAUAUUACCACAUACAAAGCAGUCUGAUAUUCUUAUAAUGGAUAAUAUAUGCACAUUUGAACAGAAUGGACAUAUUGUUAAACAAACUUCCAGCAGUGAAAUGUCAGAGAUAUAAAAAAUAUUCUGUUUAUUUCUAACCAUGAUCAGAACAUUCCAAGAAAAAUAAUGUUGAUGAUAACCAAUAGUAUUAAUGGCUUUAUUGGCCUCCCAUAGUUAUGUGAAAUUUAGGUAAAUCUUGGUCUUUAUGAAACAUGCUCUCAGGGCCCAUAUUCAUAAAGCCUUGCAAAGCCUGGGGUGUGUUUCACAGACAGUGUUAAACAUCUUUUAUACACCCAGCUGCAUGCUCUAUAACAUAUCACCUCAUUGGUCUGUUCUGUGUAGUCAAUGUGCUAUGGCAAAUUGCUAUAGAGAGAUUGGGGUGUUCAUUCAUGGCAAGGACUGCUAUUUGCUCUACCUUUGAAAAUACUUAGAAUCCAAAACUGAGUUUGUUUUUAUGAAUAUGGGCCUAGAACUGUAUGUUAAAGAUUAAAAUUAAAGGUCAUCUUGAAAUCUAGCCAAUAAUAUAAUGUGUUUCUUGCUCAGUAUUGCCUCAACUUCACAACUUGGUAUUGAUUCAUGUUUUUUUUCUGCUUGAUAACCAUAUACCAGAAUCCUUCAUUGCUUUGAAAUGAGAAAAACUGUGGCUGUAAUUUUAAAUCUACAAAUGAAUAAUAAAUCUCUUCUUUAGGACCAUACUUGAUAUGCUUAAAAAUGGACCAGUGUAUAUUCUUUUGUUGCAAUAAUAGACUUCUGAAUCCAUUAAUUAAUAUUGACUCUACACAUAACCUUUUCGUUAUUUUGAAAAUACAAAUAUUUAAUCAAACAAUUAAAAAAAAUCUUUAUCAGUGAUAAAUUUUAGUUCGAAUCUUAUUUGAAUUGUAGAAUAGAUUUAAAAAGUGACACUUAACAAUAAGAGUGCAACAGUUUCUUAUUGUUAACCCAUUAAUAUCAAAUAUUCCAUUCAAAUACAUACCGUAGUAUAGAAAACAUAUACUUUGGAUAAGUUAGAUGUUGAUUAUAAACAUAAAAAAUUCAAAUGAAUCACAAUCAUGAUAUUUUGAAUUUAUACUUUUCUAAUCCAAAAAUUGUCAAUUUCAAAUUUGGGGGAAAACAUUGAUUUUGUGAAGUGUUAUGAGUACAGAAAGGGUGUGGCGCAUUCAUUUCUGAGUAACAAAAAUUUGUAUUUAUUAUAGGAUGGCAUUUCUAUUUCCUAUUUGUUGUUUGUCAAUUUAGAUGUACACGUAGAUAGUAUUUGAAUUAAUCAGUUAAAUAUUGGUCAAUUUAUUUGUAUUAAAGAAGUAAUAUGGACUGCAUGAAUUGUGUAGGUUUAUUAAUUGGAUCCAAAUUAUCUUCUAGUUUUUUUUUUUCAGUACUUUUCUCCAUCUUUCCUUGAAUGUUCAUUUCAUCAUGUUUGAGAUAUGUUUCUUCAAAAUUCCUCUAUUAGUGAAAUUGACUUCUGCGUUCAUGUUUAUCUGAUGAUAGAUUUCUUUUUAGAAAUUUUCUGUGUGAAUGGCCGUAAUGUUUGUAAUUUGAUAGGCAGCUAUUUACCUGAAUUUGAAAAAUGUACUUUGCUUAUGAAAUCCUUAAAAAUUAUGUUACUUGGUAACAACCACACUGGAUAAAAUGUUGUUGUAUUGCAAUUAUGAUCAUUACGUAAUCAGGGGCCCGUUGCAGAAAGAGUUGCGAUCAUUCGCAACUCUAAAAAUCAUGCGCAACUUGAUUUUCAACCAAUCAACAGCGCGCAUUUGGGACUUAUGAUGGAUUUUUUUACUUGCUUUUAAUCGCAACUCUUUCUGCAAUGGACCCCAGAUGUUCAAUCAUCAGCGUAAAAAUUCACCAUACUCAAAUUAUUCACCUUAUAUAUAUAAAGAAAAUAAAGAAAUGUUGUUCACCAAAGUUAUUGAUUUAAAGAAAGUAAUUACCAGUCUGCUUGAUGAUUGGUCCCUUUUAAAAUCAUUAUAUGCACUUUUGUGUCAUAGAAUCUGAUUGAAUUAAUUCUCAUGACCCACAUAUAAUUGUAUCUCCUAGAAAGGUCAAUACUAAAUCUGUUUCAACUAAUACAUGUAGUGGAUAACAACCACAUUUCUAUUUCAAUGUCUAUGGGCCUUAUGUUGACAUAUUAUGUUGUUCAGUGAUAUUUGACUGCAAGCAAAUAAUCUGUCAUGUGAUGUGCAAUUACUUUAUUUGCCUUUUAGUUUACAAUAUUUCAGAUUACAUUAUGUACAAAAUAUUUAAGGUACCUCCAAAUUCUGUUUCUUCAUUCGUAAAUGUGUACAUGUACAUGUAUUUCAAAAAUGAAAUUCCAGGCAGAUGAUUCUUGCAAUUAGCUUAUUUAUCAUUUGUGUCCAGUAUGGUUAUAGUGUCUAAGAGUUUCUCCUUUUAAACCCGAGUCCAUAAGUAUUUUGAUUUGACUGUUAUGCAUUCUGUAUUUUCAUUACAAUUUCAAUGGUUUAUAGGUUUGCAGGAUAUAUUGCCUUUGUGAGGUACAGUUACAAAAUGAAUAGUCAUAUAGAGUACCGAAGUAUGACGUCAGUUGCCAUGGUGUCAUGGCGGGUUCUAAACAGAAUCGCAGCUGACUUUCGUCUGUACACAUUUGUAUGACUUUGGCUCGUCUGCAGAAUAGGUUGCAAACGAUCAAAUUCUGAUAGCAGCUACUGUAUUCCAUUUUUUCCCAAGAGCAACACAUGUUUUUAUUAGGCGGGUUCAUUCGGCCGCCAUGACCACGGCAACUGAUGUCAUCGCUUUGGUACUCUAUUUCUAAUUUGAGUCUUCAAGAACGGAACUUGUUCAAUACAUGUAGAACAGGAUCUCAAUGUACUCUGCCUCAUUAUCAGUAAACGUAUUUCAUUCAUUUCAAAUGCAUGAUUCAGAUGGAAUAGAAGUUUAUAGA